AUGCUCCCUGUGGUGAUGGGUGCUCCAAGGGACGACUACUGUGCUCUUGCUCCACCGAACUCAUUUAUUCAUGUGGAUGACUUCAGUUCGCCCGCGGAACUGGCCAAAUAUCUAAAUUGGCUCGACUUAAAUGACACCGCCUAUGCAUCGUACUUCGCAUGGAAGGACUAUGGAAGAAUUAUGCACACUGACUUUUCGCCGUCACAUCCGCUAACGUCCACAACCACCACCACCACCACCGCCACCACCAACACCACAACCACCACCACCAACCGGUCAUGUUCCAACCUCCACGCGGUACCAGGUCCACUGGACGUCGACUUCCAAGACGAUGUCUACGAAUGGAACUUACAGGAUCAAACCCCAAUGACAUGCAAGAAGUGCGCCGAAAGAGGACCGCCAAAUUUUUGGAGUCGGGAGCCGAAGCGUCAGCAGCGGUCUCUCGAUACCAGGAAGCUGGCUGGUGGCCUAGAAGGCGUUUGGAGCUUUCAGGAGACGUAG